ACAGAGAGGAAGAACGAAAGGAAAGAAAGAAAGAAAGCGUAGAGGGGGGGCAGAGGAAGGAGCCCUAAUGAAUUCAACGUCGCUGUGUUGGCGCGAAUGCGACCGCUUACUUAGCAAUUAAAAGAUUUUCAUUGUGAUUUUGGUCAGAUUUUGUGAUUGGCCGCCGCUUUUCUUUCACCUCCAACAGUCGGCGACGUAUUCAGCUAGCUUCGUUAGCACCUUAUUUAUCAUUGUCACAUUAAUCUGCUCCCCCUCUUUUCUUUCCUCCGGCGGUCGGAGUCACGGUACUAAUAAUAACUGAGGAGCACCGGGACAAUAGAGGAGUAUUUCCCUGGAAGAAAACGAUAAGUCACAGCUGUAAAAAAAAAAUAAAAAUGGGGAGGAAAUCCAACAAAGCGAAGGAGAAGAAAGCCCGGCGUCUGGAGGAGAGGGCAGCGAUGGACGCCGUGUGUGCAAAGGUGGACGCAGCCAAUAAGCUUGACGAUCCUCUGGCUGCUUUCCCAGCCUUCAAAAAGUACGACAGACAUGGGUUGAACCUGCAGAUAGAGUGCAAGAGAGUGACCUCGCUCAACCCGCUGGCCGUGGAGUGGGCCUUCGAACUCACCAGAGCCAACAUGCAGACGCUAUACGAGCAGAGCGAGUGGGGAUGGAAGGAGAGGGAAAAGAGGGAGGAGAUGAACGACGAGAGGGCGUGGUACCUGCUGGCCCGCGACGCAGACUCCACCCCCCUGGCCUUCUCCCACUUCCGAUUCGACGUGGAGUGCGGGGAAGAGGUUUUAUACUGCUACGAAGUGCAGCUGGAGAGCAAAAUGCGGAGGAAAGGGCUCGGAAAGUUCCUCAUCCAGAUACUGCAGCUCAUCGCUAACAGUACGCAGAUGAAGAAGGUGAUGUUGACGGUCUUCAAGCACAACCACGGGGCUUACCAGUUCUUCAGAGAAGCUCUACAAUUCGAGAUCGACGAAACCUCGCCGAGCAUGUCUGGUUGCUGCGGCGACGACUGCUCCUACGAGAUCCUGAGCAGGCGGACCAAACACGGCGAGGCGUCCGCCGGCCACACCCACGGCGGCGGCCACUGCGGCGGCUGCUGCCACUGAUUGGCGACAACUUCCGAAAGCUGUGCGAGUGUGUGGAUGACGGAGCGUUUUUCUGGGUUGGGGGGUUGAACGGCGUCAGAAACGAGCCGCAGGUGGAAGUCCUGAUGCUGAUAAGCUUUUUUUCCAAGAUUCUGUUUUGUGUGUGUUUGUUUUUAUUCCUGCUGCAAAGACGGAAAGCAGCUCAAGCUUUUCUCUCUUCUCCCAACUUACUGACCCGCUCCCUCUUUUUUUCACCUCCAC